AUGAGUCGAUUGUCCAGCCCUCCGAAUCACAGUGGGCACAUGUCGCCGUCUUUGAACGAGAGGGAAAAGGCUUACGAUCUCGAAGACGGCGGCGACGACAUGAUGGUGCCCAUCCGGACGGGCUUGCCUGGCCGACAACGGUUGUGGCUAGUCGGUCCGCUCUCGGCCAGGGUCAACCCGCUUCGAGUCGCCUUCGUGAUCGGAUCCCUUCUACUCGCCUGCAUCGUUCUUCGACCCGCCCGCGUCCUGUCGGGACACCGGUGGUCGAGGGGAUCGACGGCCCAGUGCGUGAUCGUCAUGCAGGGGGGAUUCGAGAACUCGGGAUUGGGCGAUUACAUUGGUAGCUUUGCGCGCGUGCUGCUCGCGGCCAAACGACUCGGGUGUGUCUACGUCCCGCAACACGUCUGGUCCGAACAUGGCUACAUCGCCUCCAAUAUCAUGCAUCGUCAACCGCUCAACAUCAAGAUUGACUCGAUCAAGACGUGCGAUCUCUCGGACGUGCUCGACAUCGAUUACCUCCACGACCUCGAAGGCGUUGGGUGCGACGUCCCGCUCAAGCCGAUGCACAAGUCAUGCAACGUCAUCUCGUACAACCCGCGAGGCCGGAUCUUGACGGGCAACAAAAUUCACUGCAUCCAGGACGAGUGGAAAAAGGACUGGGACGCCGUUCGCGGGCUGAACCACACGGUGACCCACACACGGUGCGGACCCGAGAACUCGGCGGCGAUCCAUCAUCGAUACGGCGACGUCAGUCUCGAAGGUGAUACGCGAGCACUGAACCGACGGGAACUGCAAGAUUUGUACGACGUCGCAACCAAGGUCGCUGGGAUCGAGCCGCUUUGUGUCACGAUCGUUGCCGAAGGGUACGAGAAGGAUCAGAUUGACUGGAUCGACGGCCCGCACAUCGUGGCCAGCACGACCGACGCCUUCGAAGCAAUCGAUAUCAUGACGAGCGCCAAGGUCCUUGGCGUUUCUGCCAGCAGCUUUAUGCCUAUCAUCCUGCCGGUGGCCAAAGCCGAGACCCUGAUCAUGCUCGAGCACCGACGAUGCGAUUUCGGGCUGGUCGCAAAGGAUAACACUCGACAGUUGAUCAUCCGGGAGCGGCGAAAUCGCCUGAAGGAGCAUUUGGUUGGCGAAGACGAGCUGUACAAGGAGAUGCCAUUCAGGCAGGGGUGUUCGCAUUACAUAGAUUAG